AUGGGUCAUGCAGUUUUUGGGACCAGGAAACGCUGUCCAGGCAUGGCUGUGAGGAACACCUUGCCGGUGCCCUGGGACCUGCAGCUGCCUCCGACCAAGAGAGACCAGCCGGCCUUCAGAGAACAAAGAAAAGAAAAACUCAAGGAAUAUCUGUUAACACGAAAAACAAUGUUUUCAUACAAACAAGGAAAUCAUAUAUCCAGAGAUCAGAAAGUGAAGACGGCUGAAGAUCAGGCCCAAGAAGGGAGGAGAGUUCUGAAACUCAAAAUGGAGAUGGCUGAUAAAGAAAAUAUUGGAAACACAAGGAACGUAACCAGUUCAGAAAGACACAACCUGAAGGAUAACAUUCAAGCUGUGCAGUUAUCAACUCGAGGUGAUUUUCAAGGUCAGACAAUGACAUCAGACCAGGCAAAUCACCUUAAAGACAAUAAAAAGAUGCAAGCAACAGCAGAAAAGCCCAGACAGGAUGCCGACGUACCAAAAAAACGAGCGCUUGGCUGUUAUCAUGGCCAGGUUGUUCAGUCCAAGAUUAAUUCAUUUAGAAAGCUUCCGAGUGUCCAAGGCGAGAAUCCUGCAGCAAGCAAGAAACUUCCUGCUACUGUGUCCAAAGCCGCAAAGGCUCAGUCUGUGUCUGCUGACGCCAUCAGUAUAAGAGCCUCACACGUGACUGCUGCCACCAAGUGUGUCAACGCUAAAUCUGUGAGCACUACAUCAAAGAACACACUUGUGCCACCGCCUAUUAGAAGCCUCCACAGUGAUACCCAGGGCACUGCGAAACAGGGCCUCAACAGAACCCCUGCCAAUGUAACAGUCAGGAAAGGGCCUUUUAAAAAAGAAUCUCUACAAUCAGAAGCAGUUGCGUCUGUGGUUGAUACCCGUCCUCAGGACAGAAAAAGAGACAAGGCACCAUCAAGAAGCGUGACAUCUGAAGAUGUAGCCAGGACUAAUUUGUCUAAUACCAGACUGAUAGAAAAGUCAAAAAAUACUGACCAGCGCAGAUACACAAUAGCAGGAGCGACUGUUCAUAGAUCAGUUCUGCCCAGAGAAACUACAGAAGAGAGAAAAUCUCGAAUGACUGAGUGGAGAACUGGCAAAGGAAGAGGGCUAAAAAGGCCUCCGAAUUUAAUAGCUCAUCAGUCUGAGCCCAAAGGACCAAGUGAAAACCCCGUCGAAUCCUUUUGGACUACCAUGGCAGAAGAAGAUGAACAGAGACUAUUUACUGAAAAUAUUUGA